GAAGCAUUCUGCAAGCCGCCACUGCUCUGCACAUUGCAGCACCUUGGAAGAGGGAGGGAGACGCCUGCACAGAGAGAGAGAGAGAGAGAGAGAGAGCGAGAGAGAGAGAGAGAGAGAGAGAGAGAAAGGGAGAGAGAGAGAGAAAGAGAGUUGCUCGCUGGCUGUCAUUCUUUGUUUACAAUGCAUGCACUUCCACCUGCGAAAACACUAACCAUCGACCAGCCACUGCACACCACAGAAGGGACUGACUGAACGAACCCGCCUGAGAGAGAGAGAGACCGAGAGGAAGACGCUUCUUCUCCCCGAGGCGUCCCCCGCCUCAUGCCUGUCUAAAGAGGAGACCGCGGCCCCACCGUGGCCCAUGAACUGUUCCAGUUUCCCUCCCUGCCGCCCACCUCCUCCCUCAAGCUGACGCAGAACCCCAGACACCUGCCCCCCCUCUCCAACCCUCACCCCCACUCCCACCCCAACAUGGUGUCGGGCACGGAGACGGUGCACUACAUCCACCUGCACAACUCCAGCCAGUCGGUGCUGGAGGCCCUGCGCACGCAGCGGCGCGAGGGCCUGUUCUGCGACGUCACGGUGCGCAUCCACGACGCGUCGCUGCGCGCGCACGCCUGCGUGCUGGCCGCCGGCAGCCCCUUCUUCCAGGACAAGCUGCUGCUGGGCCACUCGGAGAUCUCGGUGCCGCCGCUGGUGCCGGCGGAGACGGUGAAGCAGCUGGUGGACUUCAUGUACAGCGGCUCCCUGGUGGUGCUGCAGUCGCAGGCGCUCUGCAUCCUCACGGCCGCCAGCAUCCUGCAGAUCAAGACGGUGAUCGACGAGUGCACGCAGAUCAUCUCCCAGAGGAAGGCGGCGGCGGCGGCGGCCGGGGCGGCAGCGGCGGCGGCUGCCGCUGCGGCGGCGGCUGCCGCUGCAGCAGGGGACGCCAUGCUUGGGGGGAUCCACCCCAAGCAGGAAGAGCGCGGCGGGGGGGCCGGUGGCGGGGGGAAGGGGCGGGACGGCGGGGGGAGCUGCGCCGGCGGCGGGAGCGGGUACCCGUCGUUCUCUAACUUCAUGGCGGAGUGCGCCGCGAGCAACAUGGGGGGCGGCGGCGGGGGCAUCGCGGUCAGCGAGAGCGGCGGCGGCAUGGAGGCCAACGCCGUGGGGCUGCUGGGGCUGGGGGACAUGGGCCCCGGGGGGAUGCUGGGAGGGGGGGGGGGAGGAGACCCCCUGGGGGGCGGCGGCGGCGGCGGCGGAGGAGGAGGAGGGGGCGGGGGCGCGGUCCUCAUGAAGCAGAGCCCCGGCUGCGCGCAGGACGUCCGCUACAAGCUGCGCGACCUGCUGGCGCAGACGGCCAACGGCGCCAGCAGCACGGGCAGCCUGUCGGCUAGCUGCAGCUCCGGGGUGGGCAGCGUGGACAGCGUGGGGCGGGCGGGGGCGGAGCUGGGGGACGACCUGGUGAACAUGGAGCGCUACAGCGAGGAGGAGGAGCUGCUGGAGGACCGCGGCGAGCGUGGGCGCGACGGCGAGCGAGACGUGCGGGGCGCCGGGCACAGCCGCAAGCAGAGGCAGCCGCUCCGACUCCAGGUGAUGGGAGGAGAGGGUGUGGUGGUGAAGGAUGAAAGCGUCCAGGAUGCGGACGGCAGCGUCUACGCUCUGCAGGGCCGUAGGCAGGACGGAGAGGACGAGGGGAACCAGGACUCCAUGACCAGCUUCGGACAGGACUUCUACGAUGAGCAGGCUGUCUUUCCAGAGAGCUUCUGGCCCCAGAGCGAACCAGCCCAGCCUAUGACCUUCAACCCCAGAGGGAGGGUCAACAAGCCUCUGACCCCACCCCCAACCUCUCAGUCCAUCAACAACCAGCUUCUGUUCCAGUACCCCCUGAGCCAAUCCCAGCCGGCGCCCUACUUCGUGGGCGGGCCCAUGGGCGGGAUGGACAGCAUGGCGGGCUCAGAGCCCAGUCAGCAGGCUCCGCCCCCGGCACCGCACACCCCUGCCUCAGUCCCGCCCACCUCCUCCUGCUCGGCUGGCCCCUCCCCCUCCUCCCAGGGGUCCGAGACGUCCUUCGACUGCACGCAUUGUGGGAAGUCCCUGCGCUCGCGCAAGAACUACAGCAAACACAUGUUCAUCCACUCUGGCCAGAAACCUCACCAGUGCUCCAUCUGCUGGCGCUCCUUCUCGCUGCGGGACUACCUCCUGAAGCACAUGGUGGUGCACACGGGCGUGCGCGCCUUCCAGUGCUCCGUGUGCGGCAAGCGCUUCACGCAGAAGAGCUCGCUCAACGUGCACAUGCGCACGCACCGCGCCGAGCGCACCUUCCAGUGCGGCGUGUGCCACCGCGCCUUCACCCACCGCACCCUGCUGGAGCGCCACGCCCUGCAGCACGCGCACCACAACCCCCAGGGGCCCGCCGGCCACGGCCCCGGGGCCCAGGGGCCCUCGCCCACCAAGCACAGUCCGCCUGGUCUGGGGGGGCCCUCAGGUAUGACAGGGGCCGGCGGCGGCGGAGGAGGAGGCAUGGUGGGGGGCAUGGCGCCCAUGGCCGGACACACCCUCGAGCACUUGGAGCGAGCGAGGGAGAGGGAGUAGAGCGAGAGAGAGAGAGAGCGAGAGAGCGAGAGAGAGAGCGAGAGAGAGAGCGAGAGAGGGAGACGGAGAGAGAUGGAGAGAGACAGAGAGAGACAGAGAGAGAGACAGAGAGAGAGAGAGAGAGGACAUAUAGAAUCCCCCCCCCCCCCCUUCACUCUGUCCUUGACUAGCCUGUUAGUCCUUUCUAUCAUUAGUCCAAACUUCCACGUUUCAACACAACGCCAAAAUAAGCGGUCUUAAUGUUGGGUUGUUUUUCUUAUCCCCCUCAUCAAACAUAUUACUAUUAUUGUACACAACCUGGAGGAGGACGUGAGACUUUAUUGUCCUGUUGUCUGCAGCCAUGCCGGUGUCUAGAUACUGGCUUGAAUCCUGUUCCACUACACGUCCGACAGAUGGGCACAGACGUUAUCUACCGACGCGUGUGGAUACUAGUUGCUAGUUAUGGGGCGGCGGUCUGAAGACGGUGCGAGUUGUGCGUUAUGAUGAAUCAAAUGAGUGCAGGGAACCUCGUGUUUUUACAAAGGGUCACCAAAGACUUCAUGAGAACAGGUGGAGUGGGAAGAGAGGAGUUUUUUUUUUUAUAUGAGAUGAGAUGUUGGGGGAGUGCGGGGUCGGGGGGGGGGGGGGGGUGAGUGGCCAAGGUGAUGGAUAUAAAUAUUAACUUGCACCAUACAUUCAUGAAAGGUUUCAGAAUAUCGAUUGGAUUAUAGGGACGGAAAAUGCACAAAGAGAACGGCGGAAUGUAGGAGACACCCAGGUGCCUGAUCGGGUGUGAAGCCGGUUUGAAAAAGAAGGAUGUGAGGAAGGAACUAGGGAGUAGAAGUAGUUUUUCACACGUGUGACCUAGGAAUGUUGUUGGAUACGAAUUAAAAAACGGGUCCAUCCUAUUUAGGAGAAAUUUCACGACGAACCUUAGCUCUGUCCUUCCACUGUCAAACUCAACGUCGUCAAAAAGCAAACUUGAUUUAUUUUUUUUCGUUAAUUUUUUUUGUAACAACUUUGUGUCAAAGUGGGACUUCCGAUGCUAGGCUAUCUCAAGGCUAAGCUAGCGCGUUCUAGUUCAGGGCGUUCGGGUUCUCCAGCGAUCUGGUCGUCUUUUACAGCAGAAAUCCUCAGGUUCUUAACUGUCGUUCCUUUGUUUGGGACGUUUGGAACAAAUCCUCAACCAUUACGUGCAGGCCGGGCUUUACCAGAGCUGUAGAGAUGUCCUUCAGGGCCCUGUCGGUCCAACCAGUGGGUCUUCUUUUCUGUUCGGGAAGGCCUUUUACAGAACGGCAACUUCUUAAGUUUGCCGAAAAAUAGCCCGAAUUUGUACCACGUGGUUGGUGUGACAGCUGUUUUGGCUGAUUUGGCUGUUGGUUAGAUGAUGAAUUUAAAGGUGAAAAUCUUUAGUGGGACAACUCUUAACAAGUUAAAGACUCAAAUUUGAUGUAGUUUGUGUGAGCUCUAGCGAAGCGCCUGUCCUAAACCUGGACAGGCGCAUCAUUUGAACAAGUGACCCUAUUUAGGUUUUCCAGGUCGCUAGCUGGCUCUGACGUGGUGCUGGAGUAAAAUAAAGAGGAGGAGGAGGGAGGAGGCACGACGCACGACGCAACAGCGGCGUGAAAUAUACUCGCCAUCAUCAGACUUUUUUGCUACAGGCGCCACCGCCGGGAUCAUAUACCUCGAAUAUACAGAGGACUCUCCUUCUGUGGUUUUUAAAUGUUUGGGAAACAUUUGAGCAUGUUUUACACACACUCACGCACACACACUCAUACCUACAAAUACCUCGGUGGUCCAAAGAGAUAAUCUUCUCGUGUUUUAAGCUAAGUCGAAAAAGAAAAGCGGCCGUCUUAAAGCCAGUGGUGGACCCGUUCACUUUUUGAAACCUUACUAAAGAAAAAUCAAUGUAAAAUAAAUAAUAAUCUUGUUUGUCGCUGUGAUGCUAGGUUUGCUAUGCGUGGGUCAUGUGAAUUUCUGAGGCAGUGCGUGUCAUAGAACUGUAUCCAGCUAAAGAGCCAUUCUAAUCUAUUUGGCCGGGUGAAACUCGUCUGAAUCAUGACAAAUCAAUGAUGUUUUUAUCAAGAUCGCUGUUGACUUUAUGUUCGUAUGGUCUCCGGUCGAUAAGUGAGACUGGUUGAAAAAAAAAGAAAAGAAAAAAAAGAUAAAAUGCUUUUUCUCUCUUUAAUACACUUUUGUUAUUAUUUUUAGACAAACUAAAUCGAAAACGAAAAUGUACAAUCACCCCAAGAAUUUUGACCAAGUCAAAAAAGUGAUAGUGUUGGUUAUCACAAUAAUAUUUAUUACAAUUUGAUCUCUCUAUGCACAAUUAUGUUUGCACAUCAUGUUGUUUAGCCCUAGAUGUUGUGGUCCCGGAGUAUUUGGCCUGGUUGGUUUUUUUACCUAAAAAAGUUUGCCAUGGUAGUACUUCCUUGUGUUUGAUCAUUUUAGAUGUUCAUCCAUCCAAGAAUCGUUAUGGAAUUAAGCAUUUUUUAGAAAAAAUGUUGUCUUCUGAAUGGCACUAUUGCAUUGUGGAAUUUCCCCCAUAAUUUUGAGACUUUUUUGACCAAAUAGUUUGAGUGUAUAUAGAAGUAAAAACUGGGAAAAAUCAUGAAGUUAUAAGAAGACUUACUUUGGUUGUCUGGAUUUAGAAUCAGUGAGACCCAGGAAGAAAGCCCCAAUUAAAUCAUUUCUCUCCGGAUCUCACUUUAAAACAUUGGCAUGAAAUGUCCCCCGUUUUAAAUGGGGACCCAUUGGCUUGUUUACGUAGAGUUGGCCCGCAGAAGCACCGCUACGCACCUCAAAGAUGGACACCUCACACCUGCCGUAAGGUCCCGGUGCACGCCGACCUUUACUGUAGCCGCACCUACACUUUACUAACUGUUAACCGAUAUUUUGUGAAGCACAAAAUGUUUGAAGCUUUUAUUUUGGAAAGUAUUUACCUCAUCAGUCCAUGUUGCGGCCUCUCUGGUAGGAAGCAGUGUGUCGGGUUGCCAUGGAGACGCCUGUGCUCUGUACAGUACUGUGUUACCGCCAUGCAUCGUAAGCGUUCUGCGUCACCACGCAUCGUCCUUCUGUCUCUACUUUUAAGUUUAGGUUGUUGCUUUUUUUUUACCAUUAUGUUUUAACUUCAGUGAAAUGACACAAGAAAAAAAAAGUUUUUUUCUAAAGAAAGCAUUUGUCAUUUGUCAUGAACUACAUCCUUUAUGUAUAAAAAGACUAAAGGCAUGAUUUAAAAUGUUAUCAAAACCUUAGAUGUUGUAUUCGAUGAAUUGAUUGAAUUUCUCUAAAUGAUUUCAAAGAUUUCUUUCUCCAAAUAAAUCCUUCUAUGGCUUUAAGCCGAA